AUGGAAACCGACGCUGAAAAGAACAUUGCCAUCUGGAAGGUCAAGAAACUAAUCAAGUCUCUGGAAAAGGCCAGAGGUAAUGGUACGUCGAUGAUCUCGCUUGUGAUCCCCCCCAAGGGCCAGGUAUCGAUGAUCCAGCGAAUGCUUACAGAUGAGUACGGUACGGCGUCAAACAUCAAGUCCAGAGUCAACCGUCUGUCGGUUUUGGGUGCUAUCACAUCCACACAGCAAAAACUGAAGCUAUACACCAGGGUACCUCCAAAUGGUCUUGUAUUGUACUGUGGUGACAUCAUCACCGAAGAGGGCAAGGAAAAGAAGGUAACCAUCGACAUUGAACCCUACAAGCCCAUCAACACAUCGCUGUAUCUGUGUGACAACAAAUUCCACACGGACGUGCUGUCAGAACUGCUAGAGGCCGACGACAAGUUUGGUUUCAUCGUCAUGGAUGGUCAGGGGUCCCUGUUCGGUCUGCUGUCGGGAAACACCAGAACUGUGCUGCAUAAGUUCACUGUCGACCUUCCAAAGAAGCACGGAAGAGGUGGUCAGUCCGCGGUUCGUUUCGCUCGUCUGAGAGAAGAGAAAAGACACAACUACGUCAGAAAGGUGGCCGAGGUAGCAGUCCAGAAUUUCAUAACUAACGACAAGCCCAACGUCAAGGGUUUGAUUCUGGCAGGUUCCGCCGACUUCAAGACCGAUCUAGCAAAAUCUGAACUUUUCGAUCAAAGGUUGGCCUCCAGAGUUGUAAAAAUUGUCGAUAUUUCUUACGGUGGUGAAAACGGUUUCAACCAAGCCAUUGAGCAAUCCGCUGAAGCUUUGGCCAACGUCAAGUUCAUCCAAGAAAAGAAGCUGAUUACAAGCUACUUCGACGAAAUUUCUCAGGAUACCGGAAAGUUCUGCUACGGUAUUGACGACACUCUAAAGGCUCUCGACUUGGGUGCCGUGGAAACUCUAAUUAUUUUCGAAAACUUGGAAACUGUCAGAUACAUUUUCCACGACUCAGAGGAAAAUGAGGUCAUAAGAUUUGCCGAACCUGAACAAGAAGACAAGUCGUACAAUAUCGACAAAGGUACUGGCUUGGAGAUGGAAAUAGCCGAAGAGCAACCUUUGGUCGAGUGGUUGGCGGAAAACUACAAGAACUAUGGUGCCAACCUGGAGUUCGUCACUGACAGAUCCUCAGAAGGUGCGCAGUUCGUGACAGGGUUUGGUGGUAUUGGUGCCAUGCUGCGUUACAAGGUCAACUUCGAACAGCUGGUGGACGAGUCCGACGAUGAGUACUAUGAAGAGGACGAGGGCUCUGAUUACGACUUCAUCUAA